AUUAGACAUAGGAUUAAGGAAAUGUUUUCUAUAAAACAUUUUGUCUUUGUGAGUUAUCUUCAAAAGAAUUGUAUUCUUAGCAGACAGGAAAAUGGGAAAGUUUUUCUUUAAGAUUUUGUCAGUAAUUUAUAUGACUGUCUUGUUUACUGUUCUCUUUCACACAGAUGACAGCAUAGCAAAUCAACACCCAUUGUGUGUGGCUUGUAGGAGGGGAAAACUUCAUAAGUAGAAGCUAAUUUACUUAAUGAAAUAAUACUCAGAUGCAAAAGAGUCAAAAGAAAACAGGGGACUGAGGAAUCAAAAGGGAGCUGAGAGAUACCCUAUGGCAAGGAAAACAGCAUGACGCUUCAGUAUGUUUAUGUGGGAAUAGAAAGGCCCUUAGAGUGGGACUAUUGUGAGUCAUUCCAGGUGAAAGAGCAAUCAUGGAAAGUGAGCUCUCUCUUUUCUGUAUCUUCCUUCUGUACUCCUUGAGCAGCAUUUAAUUGCCUCUGCUGAUUUUAAAGACCAGGAGAUUAGGUUUCUACCAUUGCACAUCCCUUAAACCCAUCCCUGGUGUCUUUUCGCUUAGACAUUACCCUACGUCAGGCUCUUCAUACUUUUUCUUGGACUUUCUAAUAGUUUCUUGCUAAUUUCAUUACCCUGUAACUGUCUGGAAAAUUGUCUUGCAAAUGCAGCUUUCCAUAAAUCUUUGAUCAUUUUAUUCUUCUGCUAGACCAGCUCCAGUUGUUUUCCACUGACUACAAAAUUAAGCGUGAAGUAGUCAGACUGGCGGUGAGUGCUCUGCCACGUGGCCCCAGCUUUUGGACCUUAUAUCUCAUCAUUCCUUUACAAGUACUCUAACUUCCAUUCUUUUGGACUCUUCUCUCAACGUAAUGUCUUGUAUCCAAAUCUUUUCACAUUACUGUUAUAUGCUAUUAAUGUUUUGCUUCCAUCAUUGCCCUUGGAACAUUCUGCCUUUUGCCAAGGUCCUUCUCCCUCCCAAAUGCCUUUCCUUAUUUUUUCCAACUGGUCAUAAUCUUCAAGUCUCACAUGACAACAAAAAAUUUUAUUUUGAUUUGUCAUAUCCCAUUGUUACCGUGUCAGUGGCAGCACCAUGUUCUAGGUAGAGGGAUGCUAACAUCCACUCCAUAUUCUGUAUCAGUUUCCCAUGAAGUUCCACAAAUAAACAUACAAUCUAAGUAAAACUAGUUUCCUUGCUAUGCAAAUUAGGUCCUGAGGUAAAUCUCCUUAGAUCUCUUCCAAUCAGAUUUAAGCUCCUAAACUCCCUCUCUAUAGAAAUUCUAGAGCCAUAAUGUAUUGUUUGAAGUUGCUUUGGAAAAAGAUAUUUGACAUAAGCUCCACAAGAGCAGGGACUCUGCCUUUUUUUAUUCAUUAUUCUUUCCCUAUCUCCUAGAACAGUGACAAGGAUAUGUGCAAAAUAAAUGUUUAUUGAAUAAAUGAGGGAGGAAAGGAGACAAAGAGGAAAGAACAACUCACCCUUCCAAAGGGAAGUAGUAAUAUCGCAAAACCAAAUUGAGGAAAUAAACAUAUAUCUCUUUACCAAGAAGAAGAAAAAUAGUGCAACUAUUUCUGUGGCUCUUACUGUCUCUGUCACUUCCACAGGUCUGACUCAUGAGGACCUUGGAGACUACUAAUAUCUCUGGGUUUGUGAGUGAGUUCAUUCUCCUGGGCUUUCCAUGUGACAGAGACAUCCAGAUCCUCCUCUUUGUGCUCUUCUCCUUCAUCUACCUUCUGACUCUCAUGGGCAACGCAUCCGUCAUCUAUGCUGUGUGGUCAAGCCAGAAACUCCACACACCCAUGUACAUCCUCCUGGCCAACUUUUCUUUCUUGGAGAUCUGCUAUGUCAGUUCUGAUGUGCCCAAAAUGUUGACCAACAUCAUCUCCCAAACCAAGAGCAUCUCCUACACUGGCUGCCUGCUCCAGUUCUACUUCUUCUUCUCCAUGUGUGCUGCUGAGGGCUUAUUUCUGUCAGUGAUGUCUUUUGAUCGAUUUCUUGCCAUUUGUAGACCUUUGCAGUAUCCCACUGUAAUGACCUAUCGCCUAUGUGCUAGGUUAAUGGUUUUCUGCUGGGCUGGUGGUUUUCUCUGGUUACUGACUCCUUUAACUCUAAUAUCUCAAGUGCCCUUCUGUGGUCCCAACACCAUUGACCAUUUUCUCUGCGACCUGGCACCUUUGCUGGCAUUGUCCUGUGCUCCAGUACCUGGAAUUACUCUGAUCUGUGGAAUCAUUAGCUCUUUAAUCAUCUUUCUCACCUUCCUGUACAUCCUUGGCACUUACUUCUGUGUUCUGAGUGUGGGGCUACAGAUGCCCUCAGGCUCAGGAAGGCAUAAGGCUUUCUCUACUUGUGCCUCCCACCUUGCUGUGGUGUCUCUGUUCUAUGGCUCAGUGAUGGUGAUGUACGUUAGCCCAGGUUCUGGGGACUAUCCUGGGAUACAGAAAUUUGUGACCCUGUUCUAUGCUUUAGCAACCCCAUUCUUUAAUCCCUUGAUCUACAACUUUCGGAACAAAGAUAUGAAGGAGGAACUAAGGAAAAUUCUGAAUGUGUUGUUAUGGAAAAUCUCUAAAGGAUUCAAAAGUCAAAUUUAAUAUAAUGCAUCAUUAAUGUUCAGGAGGAUGGAAGAUCAUGAUACAAAUGAGAUCAGGCUUUUUUUCUCUUCAUUUUCUUUUAUUUUUAUAUAUUGGGCAGAUGAUUUUUAAAAACUCAUUAUAUUUAUAAUUUAAGUCUUAGGAAGUUAUUACUGUUAUGUUCCAGAUAUUUCUGUACCUUAGAUAGACUUGUUUAUUUUGAAAUCCAACAAUAAGAUUUUCAUAUAUUUCUCUAUAAUUGAGUUUCUAUUUUCUGUUUCGAUUUUCAUUACAUACUACUUGAUGUAUUUCAACACCCUCAAAAUCUGCCUUCAUCAAAUCCAGUUCUUUUUCAGAGCAUAGCAAAUGUUGAAUGUAUUGCAAACACACAAAUAUUUAACCAACAAUCUUUUAGAUAACCAGAUUAAAAAAAAACUCUCAACCUCAGGGACAAAUUUAAAGCACUACUUUUAUAUAUUCCAUAAUUCCAAGUAUGGUUUUGGGCAACAACAUGGGUCCUCAGUAAAGUUAUGUUGAUUUGACUGAUUCCUCACAUUUUACCAAGGCUGUCACUUUAGGAGGUAGGUCCAAAGCUUCUAUAUGCAGCCACAUGAAGUUUAGCUCAUACUCAGUGUAAGACAAAGACCUAUAGACUUGGUGAAUCACUAGUAUUUAGGUCUAAGCUGUACUUAUUUUCAUGUAUUUCUCUGUAAAAUUCUGGCUAAAUGUCCCUCAGAGAUAAUUUCUACUCUGUAAUUUCUUGUUUUCUAGACUAGUAAUAUAAUUUACAGUAUUGCACUUCAUGAGGAAACCUUGGGCUAAAACUUUGUUCUGGGAUAACUCCAGCGCUAACUUUACUUCCAAACCCUAGUCAAACAUCUGCAACCUCCUGCUGGAUAUUUUUACAUGAAGAUCUACUUUAAAUUCAAAUGUCUAUGUCUAAAUUGGCUCAUCUCCUUUUAAAUUAGCUCUAACCAUCCUUAUUUGCCAAUGGAUCCACUGAUCUAUAAUCUGUACUUAAAAUCAUAACUUUUAUAAUUUCUCACCUUCUCAUACCCAAUCCUACUGUCAUUAAAUUCUGUGUCAUCUUCCCUAUGAUGCUUUGUCAUCUUUACUCAUCAUUUUUUGUCCAGGUUCUAGCAUUCCAUGAAGGCAUAAUAACUUCAUAAAUGUUCUGUUUCUGACAUCUCCCAUGUCAAAUUCUAGAAUUAUCAUCUUAAACCUCUUUUCCCUCAGUCCCCACACUUAUUUCCUCUCUACUUACACACUGGAUAAAUUCAAAAUUCUUUUUCUUUUUUUGUGGAUAAAUGUCAUUUAAAUUUUUUUCAAACCCACAGAAUAUACAACACCAAGAGUGAACCCUAAAGUAAACUAUGAACUCUGAAUGAUGAUUAUGUGUCAAUGUAGGUUCAUCAAUUGUAACAAAUAUGCCACUCUGGUGAGGGAUGUUGAUAAUGGGUGAGGCUAUGCAUGUAUGGGGUCAGUGGGCAUAUGAGAAAUUGCUGUGAACCUA